CAACAAGCCAAUGGCCGACUGCGACACUGGCCUAGCUGGGCAGCUGGGCAGCUGGGCAGCCAAUCUGCAUCGUGGUUUGCAGUUAUCCACAGUUGACGACUCGCGGAGAAAUCUGCGGGGCUGAGCCUGUUUCUUGUACUAGCGCCAUGUCUGCAUGUGUGUUUGCUUGAAGGUGCCAGGUGCUUGCUCUUGUGAGGGCAGGUGAAACCAGAAUCCCACGACUCUCGGCCCUCGGUUUCACUGAAUCAUCCUUUUCCUCUUCAAAGCGUGCGUCCGUGUCAGCUAACCCAUCCCAUCCACCACCUCCCGCUGAAGGACGCCGUACGUGACGUCAUGGCCUGGUCUCCAGGUCCCGGCCACAGCGUUCCAUCGCCAGGUAGAGUUCCGGCCCCGGCCCCGGCCUCUCGCCCGGCCUCAUCAUCCUCAACGCCGCCGCCGCCGUACGACUCCCCCGGCCUGGGCUCACCAUACGAGCAGCCCUGCCAGUCUCCUGCCGGGAGGAGCUCCGUCAUGCUGGGCCCUGAGCAUGCCUGGCACACAAGAGACCCCCGCUCCUCCAGCACCCAGUCCCUGGUGCCCUCCCUCAACGAGAAUGAGGACAGGAGGACGUUACUGGUCGUGUACAUCCAUGGCUUCAUGGGCGAUAACACAUCCUUCCGCUCCUUCCCCGCUCACGUUCAUUACUUCUUGCGGGAACAGCUGAGCGAGUCCCACGUCGUUCACUCCAAGAUAUAUCCCAGAUACAAGACCUACAAGGCCAUCGAGGUCGCCAGGGACAAGUUCAGCGCCUGGCUCGAGCCCCAUGAAGGGGACAAGACAGAUGUCGUCCUGGUUGGACAUUCUAUGGGUGGACUGCUUGCCGCCGAUGUGGCCCUCAUUCCCUCUCCGAAUCCCGUCUAUGGCAGCCCCUUCAAGCAUCGCAUACUAGGCACCAUCUCCCUGGAUGCGCCACUGCUGGGUCUCCACCCUGGAAUCAUCACGUCGGGCAUUGCCAGUCUCUUUCGGAAAGCCCCAGAUCCCCCAGGCAGGGAGCAGGAACUCUCACAGGGUCUGGCCUCUCAGAACGCCUCCGGUUCCAUGCUGAGCCUACAACAGACACCAAGCCUAUCCUCGGAUGCUGGCCCAUCGUCAGGCACCAUGUCUCCUGUGCCCCUGUCAACAUUGUCGUCUAGCAUCUCGGUUGACUCACAGCCUGACCCAAACUUUAACCCGACCUUCUACAAUGACAUCCCUUUCGUCGACAGGGGCUUUUGGAAGAAUGUCGCUCACUUCGCCAAGAAACACUAUUCAGAAGGGCUCGUCAGCUCGACAUACCAUCAUCUGCUCUCGCACCUGGAAUUCGGCAGCUGCCUUGCGGACUACUCCUCCCUUAAAAACAGGUACAACAAGAUCCGCCGGCUAGAGGACGUGGAUGUGUUGAACAGGCCCCAAGGCUCACGUGGCGAACCGAGGGUUCGCUUCGUCAACUACUACACCGUUUCCACCGGCAUCCCAAAGGAGCCUCCGAUGCCGAAACGUGCUGACACGCAUUUGCGCCCGGUUGCUCCAGACUCGCAACAGGACGGCGCAGGCGCCUCCGGGGCGUCGACUCCCAGGAUCUCGAUUGAGGACUACAGCGAUACUGAAGAGCCUCAGACCCUGCACGUGCUCGAACCCUUGCCAGUGUCUGAUGACGAGGAUGCGGAUCAUCAAAGGAAGGAUGACGCGCCCAACAAACACCUGGAAAAUGGAGAGCCCAGAAUACCAGAACCAUCGGAUGGUGGUGGCAGCAGCAACCUGGACACACAGACAGAGGUCCAGCACGCGUCUUCCGCCGCGGCUGGAGAGCAAGAUCCCACAAAUGCAUCCUCAACACAGACAGAUCCCGAUAAAGAUGAGACCCCGGCUAUAGACCAUGAUUUACCAGCGAUACCAGACCCCCCGGAGCCGCCACAAGUUCCCGACUUUACAAAGUACAGCGACAAGGAGGCAAGAAAACAGGCAGAGAAGGAGUUCAAACGGACGCAGAAGGGCUACGAACAGGCCGUCAAGAACCGCGACAAGGCCAUAAAAGAGCGCCAGAAGCUCGUCGAGAAGCGCCAGAAGAAGGCCCAGAAGGAGGCCGACAAGCGCCAGAAGGAGGAGGCAAAGCGGCUGGCCAAGGAGCAGCAGGCGCAGGCGAAGCAGACCAACACCGGCCCGCCACCGCCACCACCAGAAGACGAAGAGGUGGGCUCGGCCGCGGACCCCUCGCGCCCGUCCGAGGCCCAGGUCGUGACGCCGGCACAGGCCCAGAUCCUCGAGCGGCAGCUGACGGACCUCGCGUUCCGCGAGCGCGGGGAGGCCUCCUCGCCACCACCUCAGGACGACCAGAACGACGGCGGCGCGGCCGACGAAGAGGGCAAGGCGAGCCUCGGCGCCGCGGCCGGCCAGAGGGGCAAGAAGAAGCUCCGCAAGUUCUGCAUGAUGCCGCAGAAGGUCGGCGGCGCCAGGGACAGGGCGUGGGUGGAGGUCUACAUGAAGGACGUGGACGAGGUCGGCGCGCACUGCGGGCUGUUCUUCUCGGGCCCCCACUACGAGAUCCUCAUCGGUGACGUCGGGUCGAGGAUCGUCGACUGGGUCCGGGAGGACGCGUCGACGAGGGCUAUCCUGGCGAUGAACUAGGAGUCCCGCGCUUCCGACGGCGGCCCGGCGUGGCACGGCGUAGACAAGCAAGCCGCUGAGCCGUGAGGGGAUUUCCGAGUGGGAUAGAUAGGCACACUGCUGUGAGAGGGAGAGGAGACUGAUACAGGCGGCUUUGAUGAUGUUGGCGUUGGGAGAGGGGAUGAUCGAGGAGUCUUUGCCCUAGUUGCACUCACACACGGGAACAAUUCUUUUUGAAGCUCGCUUGCCCGCGGAGAUACCCACAAGCAAACAUGAUAUGUAGAAGGUUUCACUUUAUCUUUGCUGUUGUUCACUCAAAAUCUUCCUC